UAAAAUAUUCAGUUGAGAUCUUAAACUCCCGUUUGAUACUCAGGUUGUUGUUUGACUAUCUUUAAAUUUUAGAAAAAAAUAUGUCAUCUCAGCCAUUCUAUAAAACUGAUCGUGAAUUAGUGUGGAAGUUCUUUGGCAAAAAUGAAAAAACUGUUAAUGCAGAAGUUGAUGUUAUAAAGAGGUGGUUGAAAACCCAAAAACAUUUACCAGAAACACCAUCUGAUUCUAUGAUCCAAUAUUUCUUGACGAUAUGUCAGUUCAGCACAGAAAGGACGAAGCAGUGCUUGGAUAUGUAUUACGCCAUUAGAACAGUUAUGCCAGAAUAUUUCGAACAAACAAAUCCAACAUCAUGCCACAUGACUGCAACUUAUGAUAUAUGCACUUUAUGCCCAUUACCGGCUCUUACAAAUAAUCUGGAGCGAGUCUUUUUUGUCAAAUUCUAUCCAAGAGACACUGAACUGUUCGACCUAAAUAAAAUAGUAGCAGCAGCAUUUUUUAAUAUGAACGAAGUCCGCUUGUGUGAAGAUUUAGCAGUAAUGGAUAAAUUUAUUGUGGAUUUUAAAGAUUUUAAGAUGUCUUAUAUCCCUAAAUUCACACCAACUGAUUUUAGAAAAAUAGCCUUUAUAUUCGAAGAGCUGUGGAACAAACAAAUAAAAGAAAUUCACUUCUUUAAUAUGCCCAAAUAUGCAGAACAGAUAGUUUAUCUCUGUACAACGUUUUUGAACAAGGAAUUACGUGAAAAGAUAUUUGUCCACAAUUCUAUAAAAGAAGUUUAUAAAGUAAUUCCAAGAGAAAUUUUACCAAAAGAUUAUGGCGGCGAUGAAAAAUGUUUAGACGAACUUAAUAAGGAAUGGCUACAGAAACUUAAAGAAUACAGAAACAGAUUUGAAAUCCUUGAAAAUAUUAAAGUUAACGACUCGCUGAGAAUACCGUAUGGAAAGAAUUGUGAUAUUUUGGGAUAUUACGGAAACUACAUGAAAACUGAGAUUGAUUAAAUCAUUUUUUAUCUGUCAGUGUUUAGUUCAUAUUUUUAUACGUUAUACUGUUAAUUUCAUACCAUGUAUUUUAGUUUAUUAAGUUACUAGUUUUAAAUAAACUUUUUUAGUGUA